GGGCAGUCAACUGUCACCGCAACAGACCGGCGUCCUGCUCCAUGCUCCUCUCCUCUCCUCUUCCGCGCGCACCGCAGAUCAUUAAUUCUUCUCAUAAUUAAAAGGUAGACAUGUGGGGAAAGCUGUAGAAGCAUUUGAUUGAUUUUAUAAUGGGUUUUAUAUCCGUGGAUCUGAAAAAAAGUUUUUAUUGGCGCUGCGUUAAAUAGGAGCGCAAAAAGCUGGGAGUCAUUCUCGGUGGAAGGACUUCUCUGAGAAAGACGUCUGUGAUUCUCCUCAGCAUCUUAUUGUUUCAAUCGGGCUGCAGUCUCAAGUCAGUUGAAGUGAGAGAUCUGCCUGUGAGAGGAAGAUAUGAGGUUAAUGGGCUCCAUUUGGAUCCUUUGGUUUCUCCUGGUGAGAACCAGGGGAUUGUGGGUUUGCAUCUCAUUUAUGAUAUGUGGACACAAUCUCCCAACCAAAGUACUAAAUUUCCACAAAGAAUUUGGAAAAUGCAAGCGCAUGAGCCUCCGAGAGGCUUAAUUUUCAGCCAAAAAAAGAAGGAAGAUAAGUCACAGCAAGAUGGGCUCUUUAUCCUUCAGUGAACAGCAUUAUCAGAAUCAGCAUUUCACACAGCGGGCUUCUCCAUUUUAAUGUUACCUCCAAACACAAACAAUAGAGCAGAGAAAAGAUUCAUUGGGAGAAAGUCAGCUGCUUAACGUCCUUUGUGAGCUCGCAAACAUUUUAAUGAGUUACACAAAUGGAGCGUGAGUAGAAUUUCAAAGCAGAGUGAAAUCCUCAUCAGAAAAGCUUUGAAGAUGCUUCAAAAACUUUCCAUGCUGACUUUUUUCAUUUUUUUUUCUAUCCUUUAUCCAGAUGCACGUCUUUAUCCAGGCAUGAUAAAACUCUGAGAUAUUAUAAUUGAAACCUACAUCACCAUUCAAGAUGAUAUUUACCUUUUUUUUGACUAUCAAAGAAAUGUAGAUCAGAGCAGAAACCGCAAACAACACAAUGAUGCUUCCCUGGCCACGGCACGUAUUGCACUUAGUGUAGGGCAUGUCCUCCUCUCAACUCUAAUUCAUGUUGUCUCCACAGUGCAGGACAGCGGAAGGCACUGACUCAAUCUCAGACCCAUCGCUCAGUCCUCAGCAGAGCAUUAUAGAGGGACAAAGUGUGCAGGCGCUGAGCCAGGGUCAAUACAAAUGUCUCGAGCUGUCUCGCAAAGGCCGCCAAGACAACAGAACUGGGGUGCGCUGUGAUUACAUGUGGGAUGGUUUGUUGUGCUGGGAUGAGACACCAGCCGGGACAUCAGUAACACAAAAUUGUCCGCAUCAUCCUCAACUCGACCCGACUGAAAAAAUGACCAAAUAUUGUGAUGAAUCAGGUAACUGGAUCCAGACUAGCUCUACCUGUCAACAAACUUUAAAGGACAAAUUAGAGAAGGAAAUCCCUGAUUUUCAAAGGGACGCAGCAGCAGAGCCAACCACGGAGGCUCCAGGGGUUAGCACAGAGAAAAUUAUCCUUGAGAAUGAAAAGAAAUGCCAAGAGAAAAUGAAGAAUGAUCCACCUUAUAGAAAAUCAGGGCGGUAUUGUAGUCGUACCUGGGAUGGGUGGUUGUGUUGGGAUGACGCUCCAGCGGACACGUACGCCUCCCGAAACUGCCCUGAUUAUUUCGGUGACUUCGACCCCACAGAAAAGGCAACUAAGUACUGUGGAGCAGAUGGGAAGUGGUUUCAACAUCCAGACAGCAACAGGACUUGGACCAACUAUACGCUCUGUGCAACCACCCAUGAGAAAAGGCAGAGGAAACUGAAGUUGCUUGAGAGUGAAUACAGAUGUCUCCUCAAAAUAAAACAAGAGCCACCGUCUACAAAAACAGGACUGUACUGCAACCGUGACUGGGAUGGCUGGUUGUGCUGGGACGACACUCCGGCAGGAACCACGGUCUCUCAGAGCUGCCCUGAUUAUUUUUCUGACCUUGACCCCACUGAAAGGGCAUCCAGGUACUGCAGAGAGGAUGGGCAGUGGUUUCGCCACCCAGAGAGCAACAAGACAUGGACCAACUAUACACUCUGUGCCAUCAACACUAAAGACAGGUUAAAGGCAGCCGCCCAGUUUUCCAGGGAGACUGAGGUCAACGGUGCCGACGAGGCCACGGUCAGUCCCACGGCUAAUCGGGAGCAGCAGGAAGUAGUGAGGAAAAAAAUCCUCGACAACCAGUACAAAUGCUUCGAGAAAAUGAAUCGAGAUCCGCCUUAUAACAAAUCAGGUUUGUACUGCAGUCGCAACUGGGAUGGCUGGCUGUGCUGGGACGACACUCCAGCGGGAACUUACACUUUCCAAAACUGCCCUAAUUAUUUUCAUGACUUCGACCCUACGGAAAAAGCAACAAAGUAUUGUGGAGAGGACGGGCAGUGGUUUCGUCACCCGGACACCAACAGAACUUGGUCUAACUACACACUCUGCAAUGAAAACACCAAUGCCAAGCUGAAGUCCGCGUACAUCCUGUUUUACAUGGCCAUCGUGGGCCAUGCUUUAUCCAUAGCCUCCCUGCUUAUCUCUCUGGCCAUCUUCUUCUACUUCAGGAGUCUGAGCUGCCAAAGGAUCACCCUCCACAAGAACCUCUUCUGCUCCUUCGUGCUCAAUUCUGCCCUUACCCUCAUCCACCUCAUUGCCGUUGUCAACAAUCCUGAAGUAGUGGCCAGAAAUCCGGUUGGCUGUAAGGUGUUGCAGUUCUUUCACAUGUACAUGUUGGGCUGUAAUUACUUCUGGAUGCUCUGUGAAGGCAUCUACCUGCACACGCUCAUCGUGGUGGCGGUGUUUGCAGAGGAGCAGCACCUGCACUGGUACUACCUCCUGGGCUGGGGUUUUCCUCUAGUGCCUGUAUCCAUCCACGCCGUGGCAAGGAAAAAGUAUUUUGACGACAACUGUUGGAUGAGUGUGGAGACCCAUCUGCUCUACGCCAUCCACGGCCCUAUAGUGGCAGCACUUCUUGUCAAUCUCUUUUUCCUGCUAAAUAUUAUCAGAGUUUUGGUUACCAAGUUGCGAGAUACGCACCGGGCAGAGUCCAACAUGUACAUGAAGGCAGUGAGAGCCACCCUGAUACUGGUUCCCCUGCUGGGAAUACAGUUUGUCAUCAUUCCCUGGAGGCCGGAGAACCGGCUGGCUGGUGAAGUCUACGAGUACAUAAUGCACAUACUCAUGCAUUACCAGGGUUUGCUGGUGUCAACCAUAUUCUGCUUCUUCAAUGGGGAGGUGCAGGCAGCUGUGAAGAGACAGUGGAUGCAGUAUAAAACCCAGUGGGGUCAGAGACGAAAGGACCACUGCUCGAUGCGCUCCACGUCCUACACAGCCACCUCCAUCACCGAGGUACCCGCCUUCAUGUACCAUCACGACUGUAACACCGAACACUUGAACGGGCGCCACACGGAGGACUCUGAGCUGGUGGCGCUAAAGUCUGGAGACACGUACGCUUGAGUAACGCAGAGGAUAAAAUGUGUAGCGGUGGAAAAAGCCGAGGACGAGCAACAAAGUAAAUGUACAGCAAAAAGAAGAAAAUGAAUUCAGUUCACCUGCCAUAUCUCAGUGAUUAAAUCUCCGGGGCUAAUGCCGGUUUGCUCAGCUCAGGAGGAUGAUAGAGGCCUGAAAACAAAAAGCUCAUUGACGUGGAUUAGCUACAAGGCUGACACUUUACUUUACAUUGCUGUUGCAGCUGCUUUUUCAGAACUUUGAUGUUGAGAACUUGUGACGUAAGGAGAGCUGCUUUUGACAUGUGUCAACUUCCUAAAGCUGCUAAACUGCGUGUGCACGCUCGCAGUGAUGGAGGCUUGCACUAGUGUGGAAAUAACUGUGACUGUGUGAGGGUAGCAAAGUUUUCUUUCUUUUCCUGACGGUGCUGAAGGUGACAGCGACGAUGUAGAGGUGAAUAAUGACUGCGAUGGUGUUGAUGAUGACUGUCAAAGCGAAGUAGACGAACCAAUCAUUCCUAACCUCACCUAUACCAAAGGGUACUGUUUGGUGGUCACGACCGCGGGGGGCGUACUAUGUCCAGCUAAGCACAGGUGCCAUAAAGCAAAAGACAUGGACGCAAACACACACGCAAACGUCAGCAAACCUCAUAGACCUGAUCAAAUGUGCCAUGAAAGAGGUCAACUUUCAGAAGACCCUCUGUGCUCCAACCUCUGGAAUUGUGUACAUAAUGUAUGUUCACCAUGUUUCAUUUAAAAAAAAGUGUUUUAAAUGUUUUAAAAAGAUUUUUGUUUUUCCCCCACCCACACUUUCUAUCAAUGUUUUAUUCUUGCCGAUUCCCUAGUACGUGCUCAGUAAAUGUCCCGUGAUGCUGCAUUCCUGACUGCUUUGUUGUUAUGCAGUUGCUGUAUUUGUGCCGAUGAGGAAGCUCACAGGGCUGUGAUGCAAAAAUGCACACACACGAAAUACUUCAAAACUAAAAAUAAAACUGUUCUGUUGAGGCUGAAGAGCCACCGGAGUUGAUCCACUGUGUUCUGAGUUAUGAUUCAGUCAGCUCUGCCAAUGAUUCUAAUUUAUCCUCAGCCAUCCUUUGUGAGCUCAUGAUGUCUCUAAUCUGUCACCUGCUUUUAUCUGAGAAAAGAGAAAGGCUCGCUAAAGAUCAAAUCCAAACUGUAUGCACACACUAAACCUACCGAUGUCUUAAAUGCAUGUUCGCGUCUUUGUCACGGUCUUGCACAAACAUGAUGUUUAAACUCAUCCAUCAGUGGUCCUAAACACGUUCCUAUUACUCCUCUGCCUUUUCUUUAUUAGGCUUGGUUAAGGGUUUGUUGAAACCUUAGUAAAUGCUGUGUCUUGCAUUUAUCUGUGCAAGGUCCUUCAAAUCUGGUCAUUUUUUAAACUGCAUGUCCAAUAAGAGACAUUUCAGUUCCACCAGAUCAAAACAUUUAUAUUUCUAGAGCAUGUAGCCAAUGGCUAUUAAAUCCUCCGGCUGCUCACAUUACUGUGAUUUGUUUUUGCCUCCUUAGCAGCAACUUCUCUUUGCUUACAUUGUCAAAAUGGAAAAGCGUUCCAAGUUGAGCUCAAUUCUUGGUAAAAGGCAUGUAGAAGUAACAUCUUAUAUAAUAAAGCUGGUAAUACUCUGUAUCUUUUGCACUUUUAGUAAGCAGAAAUUCAGCAGUGCGUCAGCGCGGUUUGUUCUCGCUGGCACUAGUGCUGAUUUCUCCCAAAUAAAGAUGUACAUCUUUUAACAUGUAAACACAUUUACUUAUCUAGUACUUUAAACUAAAGGCUGAGUACUCGGGGGAGGGGGAGACCCCGGACCUUUUAAAAAAUAUUACUGAAACAGAGGUUUGCUCAAGAGUUGUCUGCCAUAUUGGACGUGAUACAACCACCGAUUGUGAAGUGUGUGUUCCCCAAGUGGUUGGCAAGUGAUUGCCAGAGGUUGUUGGCUGUCACUUGGUGAAAUCGAAUGCAAAGAGGGCGCGGCACCAGAACACUUAUGACUGCUGUGGUGGUGAUCAAACUGUUGUGGUCACCUGUAAAUGGCAUAGGAGACACUGUCUUGUCUGCAAACACUCACUUUUAAACCAUCAACUAUUAGUAGUGUAAUAAGACUUGACAAAGUGGAUGGAGAGCAGAGAAUGUUCCCCUCAGUCAAUUAUCUUUAUUUUUCUGACAAAAACAAGGUGAUAACUAAAUAAAAACUAAUGUACGAGGACAAAAACUAUGUUGAAACAUAUUGACGUUUUGCCAACGAAUAGAAAAAAAUUUCUGAAACGAGAUCCAAUCAAAACUAAUUACAUUUUUUUUCUUCGGGAGGGAGACUAGAUAGUGAGGAUUUGUCACGAAAGUGCGACAAAUAGUCAACGCUUGGGAGGAAGACAAGCGUAGACUUAUGGACACAUUUUGUAUUUCAUGUCAAGGAAGAUCAGAUGUUUUGUAAACCGUGUGGAGCAACUCAACAAACUUUUAGACUUUUUAUUUUAGUCCAGCUUAGAUUUAGUGUACUAUAAUCUUAUAACAUUUAGUUAACUAAGACUAGACUAAAACUAAAUUAUGUUUUAGUCAAAAGACUGUGAAUAAAAUGAAAUCAAAAUUUGAUGUUGAAGGUUCACCUUCAAAGUAAAUGUUAGUGAUCCAACCAACAAGUUUCAAAAGGCUUUUACUGUGAAGGAAAACGGUACUUGCUUCCAGGUUGUGUCGCACUCUUUGCACUUUCACUGCUGCUCAGAGAGUUGUGAGUGUUUGUGGGCAAGUCAGUGUGCUGCAUGUAACUACAGGCAACCAAAACACGUUUGUCGCCAGGGAGUCACUGACCAGUCUGUAGGCCUGUGUGACUGGAGCCUUAAUCACUUGACCCUGCACUGUCAUCAUGUUCAUCGCACGUCUAAGGUGGCAGAGAAGUUAAAAUCCCAACCUCAAUACAUGGUGCCUUUGAUCAUUUUAGAGAUUAGUUUCAACUGUGAACAAAGAAUCACUAUUAAUAAUUCUGAAAUCACAAAAAUCAAUUCAAAGGUGUUUAAAAACUAAAUUGGCUACAUAUAUAUAUAUAUAUAUAUAUAUAUAUAUAAAUGAGAAAACAUUUUUACUUUCAUUUUAUGUGUACGUGGUGCAUUUGUUGGGCACCACUUUGUCAGAGAUUAGAAUAAGAAAAAGCUCUAAAUAUACAUAAUCUUUAUACACAUUGUGAGAUCACUGUCCGAUAUGGAUAAGAGAUGCUCCACAGGUAUCCAUGCAGAAUAAGUUUGUACAUUGUAAUGAUUGUAAGAAUUGGCUUGUUGAUAUUCAUUAAUCUGUAAGUAUUUGCUUUCUUUAAUCAAAGGAAAAUCAUAUGAAUGCAGACCAUUUAAAAAAAUACAUAUUUUCAUAGCUAUAUAGGAGAUUUAUCUGAGUACAUCUGAGCACUCACCACUGAGAGCGAAUCACACAGAGUCAGUCAUGAAUCAGUUCAGAAAAUCAAAUCAUUUUGAUGAAAUUACUCAAAUCAGGGAUGCCACUAUUUACUAGUUGUAAUGGCGCAGCUUCGCUACAGUACAUAAACCCCACGCUGCACAAGCUGAAUGCAUUCAGUCCCUUUUCAUGGCUUCACCUUGCAAAUCCUCUUACAGCCCCCACCCUUUUGCAUAAAACAGACAUUGGGAUAUGUUUCAUAUUUCAGUGACUUUUAUGUUACCAGCUGGCUGUAAGGAACUAGGAAGGACCGUAGAGAGACAAUCAUGAUGGCAGAAUAGGUUUUACUGAUUCAAAUGUUUUAGUAUGAGAGAAAAAUUAUUUAUUUUAGUAUGAAAUACAUCUUCCUCUUCAUUUUUAUUAUGGUGAUGUUUCCUGGAUCUUGUGCACACUGUAAGACAUAUUAUUAGUCUUGUGGAUUCUGGAUUCUAUAUAUUUUGUAUGUUUGUUCAUGCCCAUGUAAAUACAAGCAAACACUGUGUACAUAAUAGAUUUUUGCACUGUGAAAUUCUAUGAUGAUUAUUUUUGUUACCCCCCUCCCUUCUCAUUUAUUUUUGGCUUGUGUUUGUCUCUUUCUCCUUCUCAGCUUGGACUAGCAUCAUCUCAGAGCUGAUAAAAAAUGUAUUUUGUAA